AACGAGUGAAGAGAAGAGAAGAGCAGGGAGCGCGCGAGGCGAGAACGAGGACGACGCGCGUCGUUGGAGGGCGAGGAAUAGAAGACGAGCAGCGCUGCUAAGUCGAAUGUCGAGUGAUGCCAAAGUUAAAUAUAAAUGCGGGCGGCGAGAAGGAGAGAGAGAGAGAGAGAGAGAGAGAGAGAGAGAGAGAGAGAGAAAGAGCGUCGCGACGCCCAUCCUGGAUCGAUGAUCCAGCGCCGGGGAGCAGUCUGCCCGUGGUCCGCGUCGCGAUCCGGCACAGAGAUCGUUUUCUUGUUCUCUCUCUCUCUCUCUCGUUUUCACCACCUUUGAUCUCGUCUCGCUCAUCCAGCGUCCGCUCGCGCGAUCGGUCCUCCACCGCGGUCGCGACGAAAGCAGUGAAGCCCGACGACGACGAGGGCGGUAUCGGGCGGGAAAGUGCGACUCUCGGAGUACGGAGACUUGAGGCUGCGCCUUUCCUUCCAUCCUUGGACUAGCAUCCGGUCCUCGUGCGGACGAGAGCGGUCGACCAUCGAGAUCGUUCGCGCACGUUGGAUCGCACCGAGGCCAUUCGGAUUUACCGCGAUGCUACUAGCCUGCGACCACGGUGAAAGCAGUUCGAAGUAGCCCGAAAUGUCGCAACAACAUCCGUCGAGGCCGCCCGGCAGCCACGUGCCGCCGGCUGGCUGGCCAGGACGAGCGAACGCGCCGAGCCCGUUCAGGCCCGCUUCGCCGUACACACCUUCGUCAUCACCGCACCCGCAAGGACGAGCCCGCACCGGACCCCCGACCCCGGUCCACCAGGCGCGACCUAUGUCACCACUCGCGUAUUCCGCUGGGAUGAUGAUGCAUCCGAUGAGCCCGGUGCCGAUCGGGAUGCCGAUCUCACCCGGGAUGUCGCCGGUCUUCGGCUGCCCGACCUCCGCUUACAUCCAGUGCCCAAGGCCACGCUGGCCUUCACCGAUCCCGACGGUCAGCCAAGCGCCGAGGCCGUUCAUACCGACGCAAAGUUCCUUCAGAAGCGACUCGGCGUCGCCCGUGCCGUGCGCGCCGCCGGAGUACCUGAUCGCGCCCUACAGAUCCGGGGAAUACGAGUACAUCGGCGUGCCGUUGGAUCAUACGCAGUCGGACGAGGAGAGCAGCGGCCCGAGCACCGCCGAGAUCAUCGCCAGCCAGAGCCAGGAUUACGUGGACGAGAAGCUAGCCGAGUACCAAGCCACGAUCCAGCAAUUGCAAGGUGAGUUUCACGGCGGCACGGAGGUCGGGCCAGGCCGAUCCCGUUGCGAGAUCGGCUCGUUGGCGCGGUGGAAUUGCACAGGUCACGUUAUAAAGACCGCCAACGGACUGGCAUUACGCCCUCGGCUCCAUCCUCGUGUGUACGGAACCCUUAAUUACAGUGCCGUUUACCGCGAUCCGGAUCACGAAGCGCCGUCGCGCACGCAAAUUCCGCCCAUGGGAGCGCGAGCGGCGAGAUCGUACGUAUCCACCAUCACCCCCCCCCUCCCCCCGCCGGUGCGUGCUGGCUUCCACGUGAGGAAAAUCGCGAAAUUGCCGUCUCGCCGUUUCCACGGGGAUUUCGAUUCGACAAGCAUCGCGGUCGAGCGAAUCGAGCGUCGUGGAGCUUCGUAA